AUGACCGCGUACGAGUCCGACAGGCGCGCCCAGUCCAUCGGGCCCGCCGCGGAAGACGACGCCGUCCGCGACGUCGAAAAGUCCGGCGCCGACGACCACCAUGACGACAAGGCCGCCAUCCUCGAGCCCCAGCUCAACGUCGGCGGCCACGGCCGCACCCAGCGCCGCCUGCGCGACUACCAGGUCACCAUGAUCGGCUUCUGCUCCGGCAUUGGCACCGGCCUGUUCAUCGGAACCGGCUCCGCCUACGCCAACGCCGGCCCCGCCGGCCUGCUGCUCGCCUACAUCGUCGUCGGCGCGGUCCUGUGGUGCGUGAUGCAGAGUAUCGGAGAGUUGGCGACUUUGAUCCCAACCGCCGGCUCCUUCCCCCACUGGGCCACCCGCUUCAUCGACCCCUCCGUCGGCUUCUCCCUCGCCAUCUCCUACGGCUACUGCUACACCAUCGCCAUCGCCUCCGAGGCCUCCGCCGCCGCCAUCCUCGUCGGCUACUGGACCGACAUCACCCCCGCCGUCGUCAUCACCGUCUCCCUCGUCCUCAUCCUCGCCUGCAACCUGCUCAGCGUCCGCUGGUACGGCGAGACCGAGGUCGCCGGCGGCACCAUCAAGGUGCUGUGCUUCAUCGGCCUCGUCUUCACCUCUAUCAUCAUCACCGCCGGCGGCGGGCCCAACCACGAGGCCAUCGGCUUCCGCUACUGGCACAACCCCGGCGCCUGGGUCGACUACAACGGCAUCAGCGGCUCAACCGGCCACUUUCUCGGCUUCGUCGCGGCGUUCAUCAACGCAUCGUUCUCGUUCAUUGGAAUUGAGACCGUGGUGGUUACAGCUGCCGAAUCCGUCAACCCCCACAAGGCGAUCCCCAACGCCGCGCGCCGCGUCACCAUGCGCAUCGGCUUCUUCUACAUCUUCGGCGCUCUGCUCAUCGGCCUGAUCGUCGACCCCCGCGAGCCCGGCCUCGUCUCCGGCUCCGGCAACGCCAACAGCUCGCCGUGGGUCAUCGCCAUCCGCCAGGCCGGCAUCAACAUCCUGCCCUCCAUCGUCAACGCCUGCAUCCUCGUCUCCGCCUGGUCCGCCGGCAACUCCUACUGCUGGGUCGGCUCCCGCAUGAUCGUCGCCAUGACCACCGACAGACAACUCCCUCAAAUCUUUGGUGUCACGAACAAGCAGGGUGUUCCCUACGUGGCCGUCAUCACCGCCUGGCUGUUUGGUCCUUUGGCUUAUCUGAGUCUUGGAUCGGGAGGUGCCGCUGACGCCUUCAACUGGCUCCUCAGUCUGAGCACCAUCGCCGGCCUCAUCGCCUGGGCCACCCUCUGCUUCUGCUACAUCCGCUUCCAUCGUGCCAUGAAGGUCCAGGGCGUCAGCCGCGACACCCUGCCUUGGAAGGCGCCCUUCCAGCCCUACGCCGCGUGGUUCGGCUUCGUCGGUUCCACCGUCAUCACCUUCGUCGCCGGUUUCUCCGUCUUCCUCAAGGGCAACUGGUCCACUGCGGACUUUAUCUCGUCCUACAUUGGAAUCCCCAUCUUCAUUGUGCCCAUCAUCGGCUGGAAGCUUUACCACCGCACCAAGUUUGUUCGCGCCCACGAGAUCGACCUGUGGUCAGGCCGUCUUCACGAGUCAGAGUACGUCCCUGAGAAGCCGAAGCCAGAAAACUUCCGCGAGCGCGUCAGCCAGUGGUUCUCAUGA